AUAAAAGGCAACCCUCGUACCUGCAUAGGCUUUUUUGGACUGUGGUUUUCCAAAUUUAUAUUUAUUAUAAUGUUGAAUAAAGUACAUGUGCUUGCUGAAGGCUAUUCCACCUAUUCAACACAGGAGGAAAAUUCCGAUUCGAAGGGUUAUAUGUUAGCGAAUUGUUCGUGUUCAUUGGUCCAAGCAGCUGGCUGCAAUAUAAUUGUUGACACCAUGACGGCUUGGGACGGAAACGUCAUUAAGGAGGCAUUGGGAAAAAUUGGGUUAAAUCCCCAAGACAUAGACUUUGUUGUCUGCACUCAUGGCCAUUCGGAUCACGUUGGAUGCAAUUAUUUGUUUUUGAAUGCGAAAUGGCAUUUCAUUGGAGCCUGCAUGAAUCAUGCAAACAAAUAUCCAGAUUUUGAAGAAUCAUUUUCCAUGGCCAAUGGUGAAGUUGUGAUUAUAAAAACACCAGGCCAUACCUUAAGUUGUGUUUCCGUGCUGGUCUACAAUACUGAACCAAAUGGUAAUACUGUAGGAAUUUGCGGCGAUUUGUUCGAAAGAGAGGAAGAUGUUUUUAAUGAAGACAUCUGGUUAAGUGCUGGCUCUGAAGAUCCCAAAGCCCAAAGGCGGAACCGAUCCAAACUAGCAGACAUGUGUUCUUACAUAAUACCUGGUCAUGGUAAAGGUUUCCACGUUACCGAAGCCAUUAGAAAUAAGUUACGCUCAGAUUUGAAUGGACAAUUGGAAUAACGGACGAACUUGUGGAACAAACGUCGACCAUCGUUUAUCAAUAAAAUCAAUAAACAAGAAAAUGGAAUCUAAAAAAUGCCAAGGCCAUCUAGCGGUUGUUUUCUUGACAUAUUUCCUAUGCCAUCUCUUCAGAGUCGUGUUUUGAAUCGACAUUGCUGUCAUAUUGGAUCCCGGUUUUUUGAGAAAAUUGAGUUGUUUGCAAUUUUAGCUGAGGCAGCCAUGUGAGUGAAGCGGUGUUCCACCAUUUUGCGGACUAUUGAAGCAUUUAUUGA